AUGGGUGACCACUUCACCGUGGCGCGUAGGCUAUUGUCCAAGAUUGCCGACUAUCUGCAAUCGAAGACUCUCACAACACAGCACGCCUUGAAUGCUCAAGCCAUUAUCUUUACCUUUGCAACGGUAUUUUCAUUGCUGGUAUUUUACCGUGUACUUCUUCAUCCUUUGGCUCACGUACCAGGCCCCUUCCUCGCAAAAGUCAGCGGUUUCUGGCGCACCUACCAUUACUUCCGGGGAACAUGGCACGACGACAUUAUCAUGCUUCAUAAGAAGUACGGGAGAGUUGUUCGGAUCGCGCCAAAUGAAGUGGCAAUCGUCGACGAGCAGGCCAUGAAGAGACUCUACGGCCAUGGUCAGAACGCGCCCAAAACCGACUGGUACAAGGUCUGGGAGGUGCCCGAUACCGCUCCACAGCUAUUCGCUGAGCGUGAUAAGAAAGUCCACGGAUUUCUUCGGAAAAGGCUUGCAGGAGCGUACUCGAUGACCUCGAUGAUGAAGUAUGAAGUCCACAUUCAAGGCUGCCUUGAUCUCAUGUUAUCACAGCUCGCGAAGCAUGCCAAGAAGGGCCAUGCGGUCGACAUGUCGAACUGGACGAAUGCAUUCGCGUUUGAUGUGGUUGGGGAACUGGCUUAUGGUCAACAAUUGGGUCAUCUGAAAACCGAGAGUGACGUGAACGGCCUCCGCAAGACAAUCUUCAAUGGAUUCUUUCUGAUUUCCAAUUUUGGUCAUAUUCCCACUCAAGGAUGGGCAAUAAACAGCAGAUUGACCGCGACCAUAGCAAAGCUCUUAGGAGCAGCGCCGCCUAUGGAUUCAUUCCGAGAAUGGACCUCCCAGAAAGUCAGAGAUCGCAUGGACAACAUGACAGAUCAGAGGCGUGAAGAUAUGCUAGCUCACUUUUGCCGAAUGAAGGAUGCCAAAGGGAACCCGGCAAGCUUCGGCGAGGUACUGAUGGAAGCAUUAAACAUUAUUGGUGCCGGUGCCGAUACUACCUCUAUCGGUAUGAGAACAUGCCUGUACCGUCUUUGUCUUGACAAGAAAGCAUAUGCUCGGGUGCAAAAUGAAGUUGAUCAAUUUUACGCACAAAACGGCUUGGUGGAACCGAUAAAAUACCUCCAGUGCCAGCAACUCCCUUAUUUGCAGGCAAUCGUCAAAGAGUCCACACGACUGCUGCCGUCAAUCGUAUACCAGCUCCUUCGUUACGCACCGGAGAACUUCGAGGUUCGCGGCCACAGAAUCCCAGCCGGGACUCCUGUCGGGAUCAGUCCCAUUGCCCAAAACCGAGACACAGAUAUUUGGGGGGAAGAUGCAGAUCUCUUCCGUCCUGAGCGUUGGAUUGAAGAUACUGCGCGAGCCAAAUAUCUCGAUAGCAACAAUAUGACCUUUGGUGGAAAUGGACCUAGGAUGUGCAUUGGGAAGAAUAUAGCUCUGGUCGAAUUGCAAAAGUUCAUCGCCCAGUUCGUCUACCAUUUUGACUUCGAGCUCAUAGACGAGGAAAAUCCUUGGCGGAUUACGACGUACUGGUUCGCUUAUCAGCAUGACCUGAACAUGAAGCUCCGUUUAAGGCCAGACCGAAUGCCCCGUCCUGUUUAUGAUUAG